GGGGGCGGGGGCUUUUAUUCCAUACUCUGGUUAUGUGUCAGUUGCUAGACAUAAGCGAAACAGUAACAGUUUACAGUUGGUGUUACUUUCAACAUCUAACCCUCAGAGAGAGUGACUACAUGUUUCGUCCAUCAAGCUUUCAAGGAAAUUGGGAAUUGCAUUUUACAGGCUUUGCGCACGUCACUUUUGACACGACACGACCCUUUAAGUUGAAUCUGCUUUUUUCUACAGUAGGCUAGCUGUGCAGGAGUGGUCAGAGCCAAAAUCAGCUAUUCAGAUCGGAUUUCACCCAAACCAGCUGGGAGAGAGAGKAUUUGUCAUUUUGAUUCCCUCCCCGAUCCAGGAAAGCUUAGGCUACCAGGGAGAGAGAAAAGAGAGAGAGUGGGUGAGAAAGGAGGAGAGAGACGGGGGGGUUCCAAAGGAAUUUCCAAGGAUAUUUAUUCUGUUGCCGUAAGAAAAGUGUUGGUCAGUUGGGGGCGAGGCAGAGACCGCGGUCAAGGAUGGACGAGCAGCCUCGGUUGAUGCACUCCCACGGCGUAGGCAUGGCCGGACACCCCGGCCUGGCACAGCAUAUGCAGGAUGGCACGGGAGGGACGGACGGAGAUGGAAGAAAGCAGGACAUUGGAGACAUAUUACAGCAAAUAAUGACCAUCACAGACCAAAGCCUGGACGAAGCGCAGGCCAGGAAACAUGCCCUGAACUGUCACAGGAUGAAACCGGCUCUCUUCAACAUCUUGUGUGAUAUAAAAGAGAAAACGGUGCUCAGUAUCCGUGGUUCCCAGGAGGAGGAGCCUCCAGAUGCCCAACUCAUGCGAUUGGACAACAUGCUUCUGGCGGAAGGCGUUUCCGGACCGGAGAAAGGGGGCGGGUCUGCGGUGGCGGCGGCUGCAGCAGCAGCUGCAGCGGGAGGAGGAGUGGGCUCYGACACAAACUCGGCAGAACACUCAGACUACCGGGCCAAGCUUACUCAGAUCCGCGGYAUCUACCACACAGAGCUGGAGAAGUAUGAACAGGCAUGUAAUGAGUUUACCACCCAUGUGAUGAACCUGCUGAGGGAGCAGAGCCGCACACGGCCCAUCUCGCCCAAAGAGAUAGAACGCAUGGUGGGGAUCAUCCACCGCAAGUUCAGCUCCAUCCAGAUGCAGCUCAAACAGAGCACCUGUGAGGCAGUCAUGAUCCUACGCUCCCGCUUCCUCGAUGCCAGACGAAAGAGGAGGAACUUCAACAAGCAGGCAACAGAGAUCCUAAAUGAGUAUUUCUACUCCCACUUGUCCAACCCCUAUCCCAGUGAGGAGGCCAAGGAAGAGCUGGCCAAGAAGUGCUCCAUCACAAUGUCACAGGUAUCGAACUGGUUUGGAAACAAGAGAAUCCGAUACAAGAAAAACAUUGGCAAGUUCCAAGAGGAAGCAAACAUGUACGCCGCGAAGACAGCCGUUAGUGCAACCAGUGUAUCAGCCCAUGGCAGCCAAGCCAACUCCCCCUCCACCCCCAACUCUGCAGGUUCUGCUGGCUCUUUUAACAUGUCAAACUCCGGAGACUUGUUUAUGAGUGUGCAGGCUCUGAAUGGGGACUCAUACCAGGGGGCCGGGGUUGGGGCCAAUGUUCAGUCCCAGGUAGGACCCUCGCAGAGACUAGUGGAUACUCUUCGCCAUGUUAUCAGCCAGACAGGAGGAUACAGUGACAGCAUCGCCGCCAGCCAGAUGUACAGUCCACAGGGCAAUACAAACGGUGGCUGGCAGGAUGCUCCGACCCCCUCGUCAGUGAACUCGCUCACAGAAGGACCCGGAAGUGUUCACUCGGAUACCUCCAACUGAUUAUUUUACCCUCCACACCUUCCAUUCCCACAACCCAUCGAUGAACUGGCAGAGCCAAUCACAGUGUUAAACAUAGAGGCAUACUACACAGUGUCCUGUAGAUUUCAGGGGUGCAUAACUAAAACAACCUUUCCUAAGCUACAGUACUAUGGGACAUUUGAGAUACAUACAGUAAUAGGAAUGUCAGAACAAAAAUCUAAACAAUACAAAAAGGAUGAAUACAAAUGUUUGUUCAGAUUUCACAGGAUAUUUAGAGGGCUCAGGUUGCUUACUCACCUGUGAUGGUUUCACUCAUAUUGAUGAUAUUCAGUGAUAAGAUCAAUUCAGACAACCCAACCUGUAUACUUCAAUUUAAAUGRUUCAUUCUACCUCUCAGCAACUAAAAAGUAAAACAAAUAAUAUGAAAGAACAUUAUUUGUUUUCUGACUAAAACAUGAACUUUGUCAUUGUAUGAAAGAAGCACUUCGUCAUGCUUUGUUUUGCGGUCCCUGCCCCAUUCUAUGGUACGACAUUUGGGCUUUUAAUGUUGUUCCCUUGUUUACAGUGUGUGCUUUACAAACUGUGUUCGCUUUACCCUCUCCCACAGAGAAAUAACCAGGAAGACUUAGAACUUGAUUUACUAAAUGUUUUUGUAUUCGUUUCUCCAUAAAGGACUUGUUGGGAAAGCAGGUCAGCCUAGUGAACUCUGAGGACCCUUCACCCUGACUAGCAGGUCUUCAAUCUGGGUGGAAGGCGUUAGAAAAGGGAAACACGCUGGUAUGAGAAUGCGCAUUGGCUGAUCUAAGGGCUUUAAUGGAAAUUGAGUAGACAAUUGAAUAUACAUUGUAGAUGUGUGUCUUCCUGGUUUAUAAACUUCUGCCCCACGACCCCUUUGAUAUCUUGUCAGAAUGUGGGAGCGCUGUGGGCCAACAAGCACUCACAGGGCUCUGUUCCAAUAUCCAUACUAGUGUACCACUUAGAAUGCAUGCCCAAUACAUGCUUCARUCUAAGUAUGCUAGUGUGGAUAUUGGAWCAGGGGAARGGAGUGUGUGCUAUUGAUUGUCUYAGGGCCUGUGAACAAGAGGAGUGCCCUCCUUUUAAACAACCACCUCAUUGAGUAUCCAUGUGUCUCAUCAGAGGUAAUCGUGUGAAGUUACAGUUAUGUUGUGUAAAAYAAAAUCAUAAAUUCAAUAAACACCUGUCAUCAACAACCCAUACGAGCUUGAUUCACACUAGUCACCUAAUGUUACUGUUAACCAAAACCUUUAUACUUAUUGAUCUAUUGUUGACAUUUUAUGUGUACUUUCAAGAGGUCCUAACCCAUCUAGCUAUAUUCACAUGUUGGAUUUUUUAUUGUACCUUUUGCUAAUUUUCCCAAUUCUGGUGGGGGAUGAUAACCAACUGAACAAUGCUGCCUAAUUGAAAAACAAUGUUGAACAGUCCAAUUCAGAAAAAACAAUUUCUGUAAAAAAUCUUUCAAGGAUCUGUGUAGUAACUGAGUUUGUUUUUAAGUACAUUGCAUCAGAAUCCAGUUAAACAGGGAAGUCGUUACGUUAAUAGGAUUUAAAACAUAAAUCUGCGGAUGCAGGUAACACCAGGACUGAACUUACAGUAGCCAUGAUGCACAGGUCAUGCAUGAGAUGCUUUGUACUCCAUGAUUAUGCUGAACAGACACAAUGUUUUCCUGUGAUUCAGUGUUCAUUACUGUUCAAUGCCCUCUCAUACAAUGMAACUUUACUGUUCUUUAAACCCAGAGUUGAUUUCUGUUUCUCUUUCCAGGCAUUMUUGGGGCAGUUUAAUAUGUAUUACAGUAUAUGACAGCAUUCUUUCUUCCACUGUAUUAAGAACCAAAAACCUACAUUAUAAUGUCACCUGUAUCCUUGCUUUUCACUUCUUCAACUGACUUGUAUGAAUCCUCAGAAUUCAUAAGCAUAUUGAAUGUUGAUGUGCUGAAAGGUCUAAUGUCCAUAGCAAAACUAGAGGUGGGAAAAUUCUUUCAGACAAACAAAGAUGAUAUUUGGACAUUUGAUAUACUGUAUAGUACUUGUCCUUUUGUUGUGUGGACUAUAUAGUUAUUCUUUAGUAUUUGGUUAUUUACUUUUUAUGGUAUGCUAUUGUAUGUCAUGGUUCCCAUAUUCUUGUCAAUUAGCUCUCUCAUGAUGUGAUUAUGUGAACAUUGCCACAUUGUACUUGACUUGCUUUGUUGAACAAUAAUUUAUGCAGUUUCAACAUUAAACUUAUUAUACUAUGUAAUACA